AGGCACACGGCCAGCGACCUCAAGCGAAGGUGGACCAAAGAGGGCCAGGCCGAGCUCCAGGCCAGGGCCAGGUGGGCCAGGGAGGCCGCGGACGAGGAGCCCGACGGGCCUCCCGUGGUGCGGCUGCCGACUGGCGACGCAGGAUUUGCUCUGGACGUCACGCUGGAGGAGCUCGCCGGGCGCUGGAUGGCCGUGCUGGACGGCGAGGACGCGAGCAUGAUCCUGAUCUCCGAGAGUGGAGGCGUGACCUUCGUGGGGGACGCCGUGGAGGCUGCCGACCUUCAGAUCAUGGUGGACCCGUCGGAGCCCUCCUGCUUCGCAAUGUACGAGGGCACGGAGCGCAUCGCGGGCCUUCGCUUCCAGCGGCCGCCAGACGGCCCCGAGCUGCUGCACGCCGACUCCGACCACGCCAGCGGCGUGGAGGUGUGGCGCCGCCUGGGCGGGCCCGGCUGCCCCACGCCCUCCAGCGCGGCCCACGUGCGGCGCGUGCCAGCCAGGGACAUGCGGCGGCGCUACACCAAGCAGGGGCAGGUCGUCGGCCCCCCGUCGCCGUCGCCACCGACCUUCGGAGUUCCCUCAGACGAGCCCGCGAAGCUGGAGCAGCUGGCUGGGCGGUGGAUGGUAUUUAAGGACGGCCACGAGGAGGGCAUGGUGUUAAUGUCUAGUGAGGGCGACGUGACCUUCGUGGGCGAGAGCGCCGCCGCGCCCCUGCGGCUCGCGGCGGGCUCCAGUCCCGGAGAGUUCGCGAUGUGCGAGGACGGAGAGCAGAUCGCCACCGUGGAGUACAGGCCGCCCGCGGGCGAGGACCUUGGGCGCCUGGUGGUGCUGGGCAAGGAGACCCUCCAGGACAUGUCCGACACGCAAAAAAAGCUGACAUAACCCAGACAUGCGACGUCUUGAUUUUUUCAGGACGGCGUCCCUGGAAGUCCCGACCCUUUCCCCGGGACCGGCUUUUCGUCCUGAGUCGUUUUUGGACGGUCCCGAGGCCCGGCGAGGGCCCCCCGGGGCCGAAAAUGGCCCAAAACCUCCCGUCCUGAUUCUGUUGCGACGCGAUCACGUCUGGGAACCGAGCGGAAAUCACGGACGUUUGCCUCCUCUCCUCGUCGCCUGCGGUGGGUAUUGCCGAGGCCCCGCCCCGCGACGCCUGCCACGGGGCGCGCCGUCUCGCAGCGGCGCCUGCCACAUGGCGCGCCGCUGCGCGCCGGCCAGGGCUUCACCCGGCCGGCCCGCGCGGCCGUUGCGGUGCGCCUCGCGGGAGAACACGUCGGUCAGGAGAGGAAA